CCUGUCCUUACUUCAGGUCCUUACUUCCGGUCCAGGUGUAUUGAUAUAUUAUGCGUGUAUUCACGUUUGGAACGGCACAUUUCAAACCAAUUUAAAAGGUUCUACUUAACAUGGUUCGAGCACUAAGGCGGGCGGAGAGCUCUGUGGCUAAAUCGAGUUCGCCUACUGUGCUAGCCAAUCGGAUAGCUCAAGUCACCGUUCCUACAGUUUCCAAUACAUCCGCCACAGAAAAGUUUGAUACUAGACCAGAAUCUCAUCCUGUGUGGCUCAGUUGGUAGAGUAUGGCGCUUGCAACGACCGGGUUCGAUUUCCACAGGGGACCAAUAUGAGAAACUGUAUGAACUCACUACUAGGUCCUCACAGUAUAUGAAGGACAAGUUUGAGUCCCAUGAUGCCAAAAUCUCGAAACUCAUGGCAUGUGGUGUUCAGAUGGACAGUGACCAGGACGAUGGUGUUGAAGAGCUUCACCAGGAAUGCUUUUUCAACAGUCUUGAAUGAGUUCCCACAUAUGCUGAGAACUUGUUGGCUGCUUUUCCUUCACUCUGCGGUCCAACUCAUCCCAAACCAUCUCAAUUGGGUUGAGGUCGGGUGAUUGUGGAGGCCAUGUCAUCUGAUGCAGCACUCUCCUUCUUACACAGCCUGGAGGUGUGUUGGGUCAGUCCCACUAAGCGCAAGCCAGAUGGGAUGGCGUAUCGCUGCAGAAUGCUGUGGUAGCCAUGCUGGUUAAGUGUGCAUUCAAAUCUAAAUAAACCACAAACAUUGUCACCAGCAAAGCAGCCCCACACCAUCACACCUCUUCAUGCUUCAAGGUGGGAACCACAUCAUCCAUUCACCUACUCUGCGUCUCACAAAGACACAGCGGUUGGAACCAAAAAUCAGACCAAAUGACAGAUUUCCCCCGGCUAAUGUCCAUUGCUUGACAUCUUAAAUGUGGUGUCUUCUCUCCAAUGACAUGGCAUGGGGAAACAGGAAGAAGAUGUUUUCUGAUUAUGUGGGAAAGGGAAAAUCUCAGCAAGAAGUGGAGGCAGAGGAUGAAGAAGCUAAGAAUAUUCAGAGACAAUUGGCUGUCUAUCUUAGUGAGGAGGACUAUGAUCUAAACCUUCUUCAGACUUUGCUGUGGAGAAUGGUGUGGAGAGGGAGAGGAUUGUUAAGGACCUGAAGCAGAUGUCCCAGAAGGAGAGAAUUAGCUGCUGGGGAAGGAAUCACCAGAGCUAUCGGAGCUCAUUCAGGACUUGAAGUCCAAGAGCUGAACGACGAGCUACAGGCCCUUUUGGAAAUGGUCAAAGAUGGACGCAUCCCACCGGGAAAGGGUGCCAACUACCUCAAGACCAAACAGCAGCUUUAUCUAAAUUAAGUAUAUAUUUGAUUUGUAACAUAAAUUGCAUAAACAAUGCCAUUGAGAAUGGACUCACUUAUUGUUGUUUCUCUCCUGAGUUACUGCACAAACAUCAGUUUCUACCUCAUCCUGAAAGCAAAGCAUAUUCCCGCACACAACAACCCAGUGAUUGAAAGACUGCUUAUUUAUAGGAAUCUGAUAAAUGACAUGGGUGAGGUAGAUGCUUUGCUUGCCCCACAGCUGCGCCAGUUGCUCUCUGCAGGCCAGAAUGAGAUGGCUGCUAUGAAGCCAGGGAGUAGCAAGCAGAUCACCAACCACAAGAUGUCUGAAGAGGCUGGGGCUGAACCAUCAUACUCUGACUUGGAUGAAGAGGCUGCCCUGCACUUCUACAGAGGAAUGGAAAGGCUGAAACUGAAUAGGACCUACAGGCUGAGGUGAAGGAUGAAGUGGAGUUGGAUCCAGAUAGCAAGAGAUGCAUUACCCACCAGAACCAAGGGUUUACACCGAAGAGGAAGAAGACUGACCGCAAUCCCAGAGUCAAACAGAGAAUUUCAGACGAGCCAAGAUCCGCAUAAAGGGACCAGUUUGUAGACUACAUUUGAAACUUGAAGUUGCAGUGUAUAAAAUGUAUACAAAUCCAAUGUAUGAGAAGUGUUUUGCAGGCAUUACUUACACCUCCUGCAGGCACAUCUUUCAGGACCUCUGAGGGGUAUACUACAAAGCAGAACCAAUGAGUUAGCCAGCUUACUCUGAUUAACAACCAGAAAUAACUGUUGAUUUUCUGAAUCAUUUAGAAAAAUAAACUUAGGUUGAGUUAAUUAGACCAUAGCCCAUUUCAAGCUUAGUUAUUUAUUAGUUCAGAAUAUUGAGGCAAGUUAUCUGGCUAACUCCUUGAUCCUGCUUUGUAGUGUGUAUGCUGAUAUAAUAUACAGUAUUUGAUAGCAAAAUUGACAACUUGUGUAAUUUAACUAGUGUCAAUUAUGGAUCAAAUUGAAUUCAAGUGUAUUUUUGAAAAAACCUACAUUCAAAUCUUGAAUGUAUUCCAGGUUUGUGAAGUCUGUUGUGAGGAGACCAGAUACAGUGGAGAGCUGUCUGGUAUUCGUGCUGGACUUAGUGUCAAACUCAAAUAACCAACCAAACCGUUUCCACACAUUUGCAAGUAAAUGACACAAUCACUGAUAGCUAGCUGUAUGGGGUGUCAUGCCUACAAGGAAGACUGUUGCCAGUUUCCUCUGGAGUAGAUUUGUGAUUUGUCCAGCACAUAAAAUACCAACAUACACUUAA